GAUUCGUUACAAUACUCAUUUCCUUUCUUUCAUUAAUAACGAGUCCCCACCUAACCUAUUUCCCACACUUUCCUCAACCUUUACAUUUCUUUCAAGAAGGGUCCUCUACCUCUCUACAAGCUCUCCAUAGUUUCAAGAUAAUUUUAUGCUCAAGCUACUUCAACAACACUAGGUGGUGGUCUUGCAAUUUUGAUAUUAUGAGUUUUGGAAUUUCUGAUGGAGUUUGUAACACCGGCCUUGGUCUAGGAUUAAGCUGCCAUGACAAGCAACAAAACUGUUCUCAAUCCGAUCAUCAUCUUCAACAAAAGAAGAAGAGACUUUCCUUGAAAUAUGAUCACAUGUUCCCCUCUCUUACGUUAGGCCUUCCACAAGAGCCAUAUCCAUCGGCUGCUAAGGUGGAAGCAGAUUUGCAGCCACAGGUAUCGUCUCCUAGUGCAGUUUCUUCAUUUUCUAAUAACUCAAGUAUAAAGAAAGAGAGAGAGUUUGGCGGAGAAGAAGUAGAAGUGGAGAGAGUUUCUUCCAGGGUUAGUGAUGAAGAUGAAGAAGGAAGUCCCAGAAAGAAACUCAGACUUACCAAACAACAGUCGGCUACUUUGGAAGACAGCUUCAAAGAACACAGCACUCUCAAUCCUAAGCAAAAGCAAGCCUUGGCAGAACAGCUGAAUCUCAGGCCGCGUCAAGUAGAAGUGUGGUUCCAGAACAGAAGAGCCAGGACUAAGCUGAAGCAAACUGAGGUAGAUUGUGAGGUACUAAAGAAAUGUUGCGAAACACUAACAGAAGAGAACAAGAGGCUGCAAAAGGAGCUACAAGAGCUUAAAUCGUUGAAACUGGCUGCACCACUAUAUAUGCAGCUGCCUGCAGCCACCCUCACUAUGUGCCCUUCUUGUGAGAGGAUUAACAGUGGCGGGGACGCCUCUUCUACUAGCACUUUAACGGUUGGACCAAAGCCUCAUUUCUACAGUCCCUUCACCCACCCAUCUGCAGCUUGCUAGGCCAACCUAUAUAUAUGAGCCCUGAACACCAGUAUUAUUUUUAUUGAUGGCUUCAUGUGUCAUAUAAUGAUCAAGGACUAGAUACUUAAACUAAUUUUGUAGAGUCUCCUCCUUCCGUCCCUUUUCUCUCUAUCUCUCUAGCUCUUUUAUCUGUAUACAUGCUUGUAAAGUCUUAACAAAUUUCUGUUAAGGAAUUUAUUACUUAGUUAUUUGUAUGGGAACUUGUUCUUUAUCCUCUAAAUGAAUUACUUAAUUAUACUA